AAGCGGCUUCGCGUGGGCUCUUAAGGGUGACCCGGAUGCACUCGAGGCCACUCCCGCCCACUCUUAACAUGGCGGACCUCAACCGACAGCUGCAGGAAUACUUGGCCCAGUCGAAAGGUGCCGGCUCGGCGGAUAAUAUCCCCCUGAUACCCGCCGAGGGAAAGGAGGCAGCGGAGCCCGGGAGGACGUCUUCGGUGGGAGUUUGGCUGGGCCGAGUGAACCCCUUCCCAACGCGGGGCGGCCUAGGAUGGUCUUGGCUACGGGGCCCGGCCCUGCCUCCUGAAAAUCCGGAGCCGGGCCCGGGCCCCCCGUGCCUGCCGAGCCUGUCGCGCUGGCAGCGCCUGACGGCGAGCGGCGUGUGCCUGGUGUUGGCGGCGCUCUGCUUCGGGCUGGCCGCGCUUUACGCGCCGAUGCUGCUGCUGCGCGCUCGCAAGUUCGCCCUGCUCUGGUCGCUGGGCUCGGUGUUCGCGCUGGCGGCCGCCGCUCUGCUGCGCGGGGGCCCCGCCUGCCUCCGGCUGCUGCGCUGCGAGGAGCGGCCGUCGCGGGGCGCGCUGCUCUACCUGGCGGCGUUGGGCGGCACUCUGUACGCGGCUGUGGUGCUGCGCAGCACGGCCCUCACGGCGUUGGGCGCCGCGGCUCAGGUGGGCGCGCUGCUGGCGGCGCUGCUGGGCCUGCUCCCGUGGGGCAGCGGGCCCGCCCUCCGCUACGCGCUCGGGAGCUUGUGCGGCGGCCUGGCCCGAACCCUGCCCGUGUGAGCCACCUGGCCAGCUAAGCGCCCCCGGACCGGACUCCAAGGCUGCGGCGAUGCGAGGCCGCCGAGGCCCCUGCAAGUGAGCCCUGGCCUCGCGAUGCUCAGGAGGGACCCCGCAUGGAGCGGGGGGUCACGGCGUCCCGGAUCCAAGAGCCUGGAAGCCAAGGGACCAGUUGUCCUCGUUCUGUAGGGCCUUGCUGGGUGCUGUGAGAUAGUGGCAGUCAGAAACCACACCUCGAUUUCGGCACCUUUCUUUUGUGAAUAAAUGGCUUGUGAAUUAACCACGAAUAUUUUUCGGUGCAUCUUGACCUUACCUGCGGAAUAGCUCUUGGGAGUUGUAUUAUUUGUCAUUAAAAUAGG